AUGGUUGAGGAUAAAGUUCCUUAUUUAAAUGGUGACAACUACAAAAACUGGAGGGAGACUGUUCUUUUUUAUUUAGGGUACACUGAUCUUGACUGUGCUCUUUGUAAGGAAGAGCCACCUACACCUACAGAUACUAGCACUCAAGCUGAGAUUGCCUUGUAUGAACAGUGGGAGCGAUCCAAUCAUUUAAGCAUGAUGUUUAUCAAAUCUCACAUUAUGAGUAGUAUUCAUGGGUCAAUACCGAAGUGUGAGAAUGUCAAGGAUCUGAUGGAUACAAUUCAUGCUCAGUUUGAAACAUCAGAUAAGGCAUCACACAGCACCCUAAUGAUUAGAUUGACAUCCAUGAAGCUCACCGAUAUUAAAGGAGUUUGUGAGCACAUUAUGAAAAUGAGGGACAUCGCUGCUCAGUUGAGAUCCCUUCAUAUGGUGAUUAAUGAUGAUUUCCUGGUGCAUUAUGCCCUGAACUCUCUUUCAUCUCAUUAUACUCCUUUCAAGAUAUCCUGUGACACACAAAAGGCUAAAUGGACAAUCAAUGAACUUUUGACCAUGUGUGUUCAAGAGGAGGAGAGAUUUCUUUAG